AGAGAGACGACCUGUAGAGUCUCAACACGCACCCACACAUUAGUGAAGACAGAGCAGAGGGGGAAUGGAGAGCUGCACCGCUCUGCACUAGCUGCUCUGUGAUUGGCUGAUCCCUGUCAUCAGUAUCAACAUGGCCCACCUCUUCCUCGCCAGUAAGAUCAUCACUCCAGAUGAACUCCACAGCAAAGGCGGGCCCAGGAUCCCCAGGAACGCCGUGAGGAUGCCGACGUCGCUCUCCUCUGAGAAGCUGAGCCGAGAGAAACCCAAGAAGGACCCGGGCGUGGUCGUCACACGUGUCCCACACGUGAAUGAGGUCCAGCUGAUGGCCGCGACCGGUGGCGCCGAGAUAUCCUGCUACCGCUGCACCGUGCCGUUUGGCGUGGUGGUCCUCAUCGCUGGGAUCGUGGUCACAGUGGUGGCAUACACGUUUAACUCUCACGGGUCGACCAUCUCGGUGCUGGGGCUGGUGCUGUUGUCUGCCGGACUGGGUCUGCUGGGCUCCAGCGCCCUCUGCUGGAGGCUCCGCCUGAGGAAGAAGAAGGACAAGCGGAGGGAGAGUCAGACUGCCCUCAUGGCGAGCCAGGGGUACUGCAUUGCCUGAGCGUCAUUCUUCUUCCUUAACAAACCAAGCCGUGAUGGGCGGAGCAAACCUGAACUUUGGGACAUUUUGGACAUUUAGCAGCCUGUGGGACGUUAUCAGGAGACUCUGGACUCCAAAUUUAAAAACCUGGACAAAGACGAGGGCUGAAUGCUGGUCCAUAAAACUGUAGAACCCAGACUGAGACUUUAUUGAUGGAUUUUCAGUCACAGCUAUCAGUUCAUCAGUUAUGGAGCCUAAAUGACGAAACAUAUUCUGGUUUCAGCUUCUCACUUUUCUGUUUUUAUCUCCAGUACGAUGCCCAGAGAGACCUGAGAGCAAAAACAUUUCAACAGAGACACUAAAAAAAUAUUCACUAAAUGCAAAAAUAUUCAAGAAAACCCAGAACAUUUCAUUAAGUGGAAAAUAUAUUUUAACUUCUGCAAAAAAUAAUGCAAAAAUAAUAUAUAUAUUUUUUCAAUUAAAAGUUUUACUUUUUCCCCAAACUAUCAAACCUUAAAUAAAUUUAAUAUGUAGCAAAAAAUA